AUGGAGGUAAUGGAAGAAGGCAACCUCAUGGACAGAGUUCCAAUCUUAUUGCAGAGAGAUAUGCAAUAUUACCAACAAAAACAAACUGUGUUAUCAGAAACCAUUUGUCCCGGAGUCGUAGGUGGUCGAUUAGAUUUUCCACGAUCUGCUUCUUUCGCUUCAGUCAAAAUCGUUACGUGGUGGGAAGAAGAAUAUAUAGCUGCUUACAGAAGAGGUUCUGGAUUGCUUGAAGGAACUACAGAAGUUCCUGAGUAUGUUGGUGGAUGCGGUGGCAUUAUAAGAGCAUCUGAUCCUGGAAAAUUUGUUAGUAUGAUCACAAAAUCGGCCGACCAAUUACUAGAGCAUUUACACACGUUAUCACAAGAAGCUUUGGAUCACGCCGAUUUGGCAGUACUUACCGCCACAAUUGGUGCCGCCGCGCUUAUAAGAAAUUGUCUAUUUUGUUAUCUACAGCGUGUCACACAAACCAAGUGUCGUGGACCGCCAGGUGAAAAAUCGGGUUCUCUAAAAGUUUCCCAUAAACAAUAUUCAGAAAUGGCAGAAGCUUUAGCUGAACGACUACUAGAUUUACACUGUAGGCUGCUUUCACUGUAUAUCUUACAAGAUGCUGAUUGUCUUGACUGGGAGAAUCCACAGCCGUUUUUUGAAUCUGAACGCGGUUCAUACAUAAUACAAAUGUGGUGGCUAUACAUGAAAGGUACGCAGCAGGAUUUGUGGACAACGGUGCCUCCACUAAUGGCUCAAAGAGUAUUUCAAGGAAUGUUAAAUGAAACUCUAUCUAUACUUACUGUUAGAUAUACCCAAACGUGCCCCAGCAGAGCUCGUGCUGACUUGCUAAGAGUCGAUUUAGGAAAUUUGCUGCUUUGCUGCGGGGAACUACUGCCCGCUGUCUGCGAAAGCGGCGAAGCAUACAGCGGCAUCAAUUUGGCAGCGGAAGAUAAAGCGGUUCGAGACAUACACGCCAAAUGCCAGGAACUUAUGGCCGGAUUGGUUUUGAGGGGCGCUCCACUUUCUACUUUGUACAGGGUUUUUCGUAAGGAUGUUGAUCUAAUAGGGUUAUUUAAAUCAAGAGGUAGCUGUUCGAGUCCAUGGAUAGUGAUGACGAACCCACAUCUCUUCUCCGCCGAGUCCGGAAAUCAAUUUGCAACUCGUAUGCUUGAUCUAACACCAGGAGCAGCUAUUGCGUUGGAACUGAAGGUCUAUUUGGCGCAGCCUCAACCUACUUGGCCACUGCUGUUAAAAUUAUUGCUUAUGCGCGAUUGUGCAGUAUCUUCUAUAAUUCUACAUCAUUUAAUUAAUUAUUUACCUAUGUCUGAUGAUAUGGACGGCGGGUCGGUAACAUCAAAGAAAGUAGUUAUCAAAACUCAAGCUUGUGAUGGAUUUCUUUGCACAUACGAUUGCUCGCCUUCGAUGGAUGAUAAUAAAAAAUCAGGCAUUCAAGAUCCUAUAGGAGCAAAUAAUUGUGCCGUCGUAGCCAGUCUCAUUUAUGUACUCUUGAUAACUGGCAGACCUUGCGAUCUUCAACACACCAUUGUAUCAGCGCUGGACAAAUGCAGGGAUAAAACAUGGGCGGACUGUUUGGAUAAAACUCAAAUGUGGAAUCAAAGAAGGCCACCGUGGCUGGAGGCAACAUUGAAUUUAAUAUAUCCUAUAAUACAGCCAAUCGUUCAAUCAUUGUGUGCUUAUGUACAUAAUGGGUCCAGUAUGUAUCAAGCUAUGUCACAAGCUUUAACCUAUUUCACGGAGUUGCUGAUUUGCUUACCAUCUUCAGUACUAACAAUAUCAAACUUUUUAACGGAACUCUUACCAGCCAACAUACAUCCUAUGGGACAAUCAAUAUUUCUUCAGUUGUUAUUGUCUGCCUUAUACACGGAAUUGAUAAAUUCGUCUGAAAAACAACUUAUGAUUCCUGGACAAGUUCCAAUAGAUGGUAAAAUUCUUCUAAAUAUCCGUGAUCAAUUGGCAGAGGCAUUAUGUUAUAUCUAUGAAGACGAUAAACAUGCUCAGCAAAUGGCAGAAUUUGUAUCUCGUGUUCAGGACGCUGGUGUGGAGGACAUGGUUGGAAACUUGGACGGAGAUAUUGCACAAAUGGAUAAUUUUAUGUUGAGUUUUGGUACCACAUUAAAUAUUGAGGAUGAAGAGAAUAAAAGUGCCAAUUCGGCAAUCAAUCAAGCUUGCAAGGAUUUGGGUAUAGAAUAUACAAAUUAUGCUCCAGAAAUGUCUGUCAGCGAUGUACUCAUGACAUUUUAUGGGAAAAAGUGUGUUAAGAUUUUGCACGAUUAUGUAACUUGUAAUUCCGUUUGGAUACUGCAGAAGUUAGGGGUUAGUGAAGUUCCUGUUAACGAUUUUGAAAAUUUUCCUGGGCAGUUGACGACUCCUCCAAGAACUAAACUUCUGGAAACCAUGUUUUAUAUUCGCCACAGACCCUUCGAUCAGAUGCUGAUGGGAAGUUGGCAGCCGGACUGGUCGGUUUUGCUCGACACACCACUUGGCUUAACGCGAGAAAGAGCUUGGAGUCAUAUUUCGAAGCGAUGGGAGUUUCGAAAUCCUCAUCUAUCAUUACCUGAUGCAGCAAUGGUGGCGCAUAUCACCAACAAGCUGAAAAUUUAG